CGCGUAACGGCGCGCCAAGAGUGUAAAUACCGUGACGGGGCCUGUACCACGAGCGCAGAUCAGAUGGACAAGCGGUCCUUUAGGGCAUGAAUUUCCAGCGUCAGUACCACUGCAGUUCUCUGGGGUCUCGCCGUGUUUGAGCAUCCUCCUUGCAUACUGCAGGGCUUCGUUUUGGAUAUUUUGUCACUCGGCUCUAUAAUGUUUGCUCGGCCCUGUCGGUGGUCUUGUUGACCUUGCGCCUGCAAUCCCGCACCCUCGUCCGCUACCAGGUUGACACUCGGAGUCGGCUGGUCCGAUUCCCUUUGAGAUGUCCUUCUCAGUACCCCAGAAUGUCCCUGAAUUUACGAGUACCCAGCGAUCAUAUGAAGACACCUACUGGCGGCACAAGCAAAGUAAUGGCCAUACUAAAGAGGGAACCUUGGGAGGAGUUGCUUCCAAAAUCCACGACAUUUUUGGAGAGCACCGCGGCCAGGAUCUGCCAAUGUACAAGGACAAGCCAAACUUCCCGUCGAGGCGGAGACGAGGAAUGUUAGACCGCAAGAGAAUUAUGGGGGUGGUUGGAUUUGUGACAAUACUUUCUUUCUGGUGGUUGGGUUGGUUGCCUUGGAGUUCCAGGACGGUGUACGAUGCGGCCGCACAUCAACAUACCUUCUUCGACCAGGGAGACUGGUCCGACCAAAGGGAGGCUGUCAAAAAGGUCUUUCAGACGACAUGGGCGGGCUACGAGAAAUAUGCCUGGGGAAUGGACGAGUAUCACCCGCUGAGCAGGAAGGGGAAGAACAUGGUCCAAGGAGGAAUGGGUUGGAUCAUCGUCGACGCCCUCGAUACGGCUAUGAUGAUGAACCUGACUUCCGAGGUGGCAAAAGCAAGAGAGUGGAUAUCCACAUCGCUUUCAUAUAACGCAGAUCACGACGUGAACACCUUCGAGACGACGAUUCGAAUGCUCGGUGGAUUGCUAUCCGCUUAUUACAUUUCAACAAACUUCCCGCACCUGGCGCCUCAACGUGACGAUGAUAUAAAUCAACCUGGAGAAGACCUUUAUAUUGAAAAGGCUACGGACCUGGCGGAUCGUCUGCUUGGGGCUUACGAUUCCCCUUCGGGCAUCCCUUAUGCCUCCAUAAACCUCAAUACUUCCCGGGGCAUUAUCUCUCAUCUCGAUGGUGGGGCAUCCUCUACUGCUGAGGCAGCCACUUUGCAGCUCGAGAUGAAGUACCUUUCAAAGAUCACAGGCGAGCCAGUUUACUGGCAGCAGGCAGAAAAGGUCAUGGAGGCCAUCGACGCACAACACCCGCAAGAUGGGCUGGUUCCCAUAUUUAUCUAUCCCUCCACAGGUCAAUUUCGGGGCGAGAACAUCAGACUCGGCUCUCGGGGCGACAGCUAUUACGAAUAUCUGAUCAAGCAGUACCUCCAAACGGGCGGUGUGGAGAAUGUGUAUCUGGACAUGUGGGAAGAGGCAUUGGCAGGUGUCAAGAAGCAUCUCGUUACUUAUUCCAAACAUGCGUCUCUGACCAUCCUGGCGGAAAGGCAGAACGGUCUCAGCAUGCCCCUGACGCCUAAAAUGGAUCAUCUCGUGUGCUUCAUGCCGGGUACGAUAGCGCUGGCCGUCACCGAAGGACAGUCGGUUCAAGAAGCCAAAGCCAGAUUGGGAGACAAAUGGACAAAAAAACAUGACGAGGAUCUAAAGCUCGCAGAAGAGUUGAUGAAGACCUGCUGGGGCAUGUAUAAGGUCACGCCGACCGGCCUGGCCCCUGAAAUUUCUUACUUCCGCACUGAUACGCCGCCACGACAGUGGCAGGGGCAUGUUGACCCGGACUGGUCGCCUCCUCAAUCGAGUCCUCUUUCCGAUGACCCUGAUGCUGACUGGAGAUUGGACUACGACAUUCACUCCAACGACGUGCAUAACCUCCAGCGCCCAGAGACUGUCGAGUCGCUGUUCUACAUGUAUCGGAUCACCAAGGAUCCCAAAUAUCGACAGUGGGGCUGGGAAAUGUUCGAAGCAUUCCGUGAACACACCAAGGUCGUCGAUGAAGUCACGGGCGAGGUCUACGCCUACACUUCCUUGUACACCGUGAUGGAAAAUCCCGUUAAAAAUCGCAAGAAGCGUGAUAAUAUGGAGAGCUUCUGGUUGGCCGAAACGUUAAAAUACUUCUACCUGCUUUUCUCCGACGACGACUUCUUCCCAUUGGACAAGGUUGUGUACAAUACUGAAGCACAUCCGUUGCCCAAGUUCGACAUAAGCGGAAGUAAAGUGUUCAAGACUGGCUGGCAAAGGGGCAAGGACGCACCCCGCCCAGCAACCCCUGGUGACAAUCGCAUACGAAAGGGUGCUACUAGGGAGAAUGAGGCCAUCAGGGUAGGAGAUGGCGUUCGCUUUGAUGAUACCGGCAAGCGUGUGGAAAUAGAAGUCGCACGCGUCGGGGAAGUACAAGCACCCGUUGCACAAGCGCCUGUCCAUGACCAUGACGAUACCGUUGAACAUGGCCACAUCGAAGAGAGUGGUAAAGGAAUACCAGCCGCAGAACAUUCAAACCUGGAAAAUUUGAAAGAAGGGCUUGCAAAAUAAGCCGGGGUCGAAGAUGCCUCAUCAAGAGAUGGAAGCGGCACUCGCUCUCGUCUCCGCAACAAUGUUGGCCAUUGUUGCUUUCUUGUCAUGCUGUUGGAUAUGCACUGUAAAAGUGAUUUUUGGAUGGUUGCGGGCCCUGGGCCACUUUGAUAUGUAUGACAAAGCAGGCAAAUGGUGCAAACAGUUGCAUACCUCAACGGGGUAUCAAGGGGCAGGCAUUUUCAAGUGAACGAGGGCCGGUCGUAUUGCCAACAGGAUAUUGCAUACCAAAUGCCGAUGCCAAUGCCAAUGCCAAUGCCAAUGCCAUCAGUUGCAUAUUGUUUCCCGUGGUCGCUCGAGGCUUGUUUUUCGCUUGGCUAGCCAGCCCGAGCGUGAAACAGCUGCUUGUUCGAGCGGCAAGUUGCUGCAGCAUCCUGAUCCAUCAACGCACUAAGGUAGCGCGAUCCGCCGCAGUGUUGAUGCGAGAAAGUCGUAAAUCAUUCCGACAAAGCCUAGUCGACAACAGCACGUCGAGGUGUGUCCGCCUUCCAAGGCACCUGCGGAGCAGAGUGCUGGUAAUAAGAAAUGCUUCAACGUGUCGGCCAAUGGCUACCAAAAGGCUAGCAGAAGGCUUGCCCUUCGACACUCCUCGUUCAGCUCAGGGCAACGGUUGAGCCAGCUAUCCAGUCGUAAAUCGCUCUGUACUGUAACAAGAGGCUCGGUUUUGAGACUCGUACCCCAGAAGCAGGAGAUGACUCGAGGUAUAGAUGCAAAUCGUGUUCUCGUCAUGCAUAAUAGGUGCCACAUUCAGAACUUGGGACCUCUCCUCCGCCCAGUGUAUUUCGAAUCCGAUUUCACAAC